AUGGUGGAAUGGAACCACCGCACCCUCAAGGCCGCCCUCAUGUGCAACCCCGAGACCUCAUGUCCUGACCAACUACCAUUGGUCCUUCUGGGGCUCCGAACCGCCUACAAGGAGGACUUGCAAGCCUCUCCGGCUGAGAUGCUGUACGGCACUACGCUCAGAGUGCCCGGGAUAUUCUUCGCUACGAAGAGCCAGCCCUUCGCGAGCCUUGUCACCUUCGUAGAAGGCCUCCGCCGACUCGCCCAGACCAUCAAGUCUGCACCGGCCUCGAGACACACAGCGGAGAACGCCCCAUUCUUUUUCAAGGACUUGUGGACGUGCUCUCACGUUUUUAAGAGGGUCAACGCCAUCUACAAGCCCCUCUUGCUUCCGUACACGGGCCCUCACCGGGUCAUUCGCCAGGUCGAUGACAAGACCUACGUCAUCAAUAUCAAUGGCUCUCAUCGCACGGUCUCCAUGGACGCCCUGAAGCAGGCCUACGUCGAGGCCACAGACACUUCUCUCUUAGGGGCCUAG